GCUCUUUAUAAAAGCAGAGCAAACCCACAUCAUAUCUACUCUGGUGUUCGCUAGAUGAUGAAGGCCAUGCUGGGAGUUUUGAUCACUGUUGCCCUCACCCUGGGUACAGCAAAUGCAGCCUCUUUGGGGGCUGUGUACACAGAGGGAGGUAUGGUGCAGGGAGAGAACUAUGCCGUUGGACUCCUCCGCUACAUGGACGUGUUCAAGGGAAUCCCAUUUGCCGCAACACCUGGAAGAUUUGAGAAGCCAGUUCCUCACCCAGGAUGGGAUGGUGUUCUGAAAACCACCGACUACAGAAAGAGAUGUAUGCAGAUGAAUCUACUCCAGAAUGGCAUCAUGGGCAGUGAGGACUGUCUCUACCUCAACAUCUGGAUCCCUCAGGGCACAACAGUGUCUACCAAUUUGCCUGUUAUGGUGUUCAUUUAUGGUGGUGCCUUCCUGUUGGGUGGUGCUGAGGGUGCCAACUUCCUGAACAACUACCUGUAUAGCGGACAGGAGAUUGCAGACAGAGGAAAUGUCAUCGUGGUGACUUUGAACUACCGACUUGGAACUCUCGGAUUCCUUAGCAGCGGAGAUUCUGGCAUUCCAGGAAACUAUGGUUUGUGGGACCAGCAUGCUGGUAUUGCUUGGGUAAGCAGGAACAUCAAGGGUUUUGGUGGCGAUCCAAACAGCAUCACUAUCUUUGGCGAGUCAGCUGGGGCUGUUAGCGUUAACUUCCAGAUCAUUUCCCCUGUAAACAAGGGUUUGAUCCGCAGAGCUAUCUCACAGAGCGGCGUUGCUCUCUGUCCUUGGGCUGUAAACAGAAACCCACGAGCACAUGCUGAGGAGAUUGCAAAGAAGGUGGGAUGCCCCACUGACUCCAGUAUGGUGUCCUGCCUAAAGAUGACAGAUCCAAAGGCUCUAACACUUGCUGGGAAUGUGCACCUGAGCUCAUCUGCCACUGAUCCCAUUGUACACAAUCUCUAUCUGUCUCCCGUCAUUGAUGGUGACUUCAUCCCUGAUGAUCCUGGAAACCUUUUCCACAAUGCUGCUGAGAUUGACUACAUCGCUGGAGUCAAUGACAUGGACGGCCACAUCUUUGCCACCCUUGACAUCCCCUCCAUAAACAAUGCUUUGGUAUCCACCCCUGUAACGGAUGUCAGGAAUCUCGUGAAUGCCCUGACGCAAGAUAAGGGACCAGAUGCAGGUUCUGCGACUUUUCAGGAAUACACCGUCGGCUGGGGUGAUGAACCUAGUGAUAAGGACAUUAAGAAGACGGUUGUGGAUAUUGAGACGGACUACAUAUUCCUGGUUCCAACCCAAGCUGCCCUGUACUUACACGCUGAUCUUGCCACCACUGGACGAACCUAUUCCUACCUGUUCUCCGAGUCCUCUCGCAUACCCCUCUUCCCCAUCUGGACCGGUGCUGAUCAUGCUGAUGACCUGCAGUAUGUAUUUGGGAAGCCAUUCACCACUCCGCUGGGCUACUUUCCUCGCCAUCGUGAUGUCUCCAAAUACUUGAUCUCCUACUGGACCAACUUUGCCAGAACUGGCGACCCCAACAAUGGUGAAUCAAGUGUGCCUGUGUCCUGGCCCCAGUUCACCAGCACUGGCCAUCAGUACCUGGAGAUCAACAGCAGCAUGAACAAAGACAGUGUGAAGCAGAUGCUGAGAACUCGCUUCGUUUAUUAUUGGACCUCCGUGUACGCCGGCUAUCCUACCAUCAAGAAGAGCUGAGCACGGCCAAUCUGAGCAUUGAUUAAUGUAGCUCAGGAUUAAUGAGUACAAAUUAACCAAUUAAAUCCUGCAAUAAACAAAUGCAAUAAACAAAACAUUUGAUGAUCAAAA